GAAAAAAGAAGAAGAAACGUGACUUGGUAUUUGGGGAGGGUAUUGAAGUAAUACAUCAGGGUUGUAGGGGAAUAUAUUAUUUUUCUUUGUUUGUUGGGAAUAAAUUCGACCUAAUCUUUAAAGCUAUCAGAAGUGAAAUCGAAUAGUAGGAGUAAGGAUGCCUUUGAAGGUGUUGGACGCCACCAUAGCUACCUUUGAUGGAGUUUUUGAAAAGUUCAGAGCAGAUUCCCCUAAAAACAAAGCAAAUUUCAUCCUCUUCCUGGCUGAUAUAGACCCUUCUACCAACCUUAGUUGGUGCCCUGAUUGUGUAAGAGCUGAACCUGUGAUAUACAAGAAACUGGAAGCAUCAUCGGAAGAUAUAGCACUGCUUAGGGCUUAUGUUGGGGACAGACCUACCUGGAGGACUCCACAGCACCCAUGGCGAGUAGAUCGCAGGUUCAACCUCAAAGGGGUUCCGACCUUACUCCGGUGGGAAAAUGAUGCAGUCAAAGGUCGACUUGAAGACCAUGAAGCACACCUUGAUCACAAAAUUGCUUCCCUUCUCAAUGGAAAUUAAGUCUCCCUAUUUCUCCAUGCAAUCAAAGGGGACGCUUAUAUCAUGCCUCUUAAUAAAAUAUGUCGGCAGCAUAGACCGGAAUGACCUGAUUUGGAUUGAUAUAUGGAAUAAGUGUCUUUUAAUAGGCCCUGAAUAUGAUGAUUUCAGUAUUUUGCAGAGGAUGGAUUUUUAUGAAUUGUCCCUUUACUUUUCUCGUGUCAUAAUUAACUCCGAUAGUAACAUUAAUUUGUACAAGAUUAUUAGCACUGUUAUUUCCUAUAUGCCAACUCUCCUCUGUCACGAUA